AUGUUAUCCUUUCUCUUCUUUCUUACCUUCCAGGUAAGUCUACUUGCUGCUUGGGUCGCUGGUUACCUGGACCCAUGCCAGAAACAGCUCCAAGAGCUCUUGCUGGACUAUAUGGGUGAGACAAAGGUGUCUUAUGGACUGAAAAAAAGUCUGACUGGAAAGAAACUCACCGAGGACCAGAAUAUGAGCAAGAUUCAAGAUCAACUCGGGAAUCAAAUGGGUGGCACUUUUGGGAAAGGAGGUCUAGGACAGGGAGUUGGUUCUGUAUUGAGUAAAGGCCUUUGA